AUGGCCGAGACUGUUGCUGAUCUCAUUGCAACUCACGAACCCAAGGAGUUUGUCCCAUUACCUACACUUGCCGAAGCGACCAGAGAAGCCAAGCCUCGACUCACCAUUGUUGUGGCUUGUGUGGACCCUCGAUGCAGCGUUGAUAAGUUCAUCGACUUGAACCUUGGGGUGCCGAACGGCGAAAUGGUCAUGGUCUCCCGCAAUGCUGGUGGGCACAUUCGCCACGCGGUUCGGGAUAUCCUCCUCCUGGACGCGAGAUUCGGGAUUGAUGAGCUCGUCAUCGUCCAUCACACGGAUUGCGGCACACUAACGUUUACCGACGACUGGAUGCGCGACGCCUUGAACACGCGAUUAGGCAAGGCUCAUUCGGAGGAAAUUGACCACAUUUACUGGGGCGGAAACACAGAGUAA